CGUCGGUCGGGCUUUGAGUGGCUGGAAAUUCCCGUCCUCGGCGGCUCCUCCCCCGCAGAAAUCCCCCGGCCGCGCUGUAUAUGCGAGGCGCCGCCGCCGCCGCCGCUCACUCGCAGCUCCCGCAGCCCCGCCGCCAUGAUCAGCGCCCGCCGCGCCGCCGAGCCGCCCGCCAUGGAUGCCUACGAGCACCCCAAGAAGGAGCGGCCCGGCGCCUUCCCGCUCGACGACCGCCACGACAGCGGCCUGGACUCCAUGAAGGAGGAGGAGUACCGGCAGCUGGUGAAGGAGCUGGAGGACAUACGGCUGCAGCCCCGCGAGCCGCCCGCCUGGGCGCAGCAGCUGACGGAGGACGGGGACACUUUUCUGCACUUGGCCAUUAUUCACGAGGAAAAAGCCCUGAGCCUGGAGGUGAUCCAGCAGGCAGCCGGUGACCGGGCUUUCCUGAACUUCCAGAACAACCUCAGCCAGACUCCUCUUCACCUGGCAGUGAUAACUGAUCAGCCCGAAAUCGCUGAGCAUCUUCUGAAGGCCGGAUGUGACCUGGAAAUCAGGGACUUCCGAGGAAACACCCCCCUGCACAUUGCCUGCCAGCAGGGCUCCCUCAGGAGCGUCAGCGUGCUCACGCAGCACUGCCAGCCACACCAUCUCCUCGCUGUCCUGCAGGCAACCAACUACAAUGGACAUACAUGUCUUCAUUUGGCAUCUAUUCAAGGAUACCUGGCUAUUGUUGAGUAUCUGCURUCCUUGGGAGCUGAUGUAAAUGCACAGGAGCCRUGCAAUGGCAGAACAGCACUACAUUUGGCAGUCGACCUGCAGAACUCAGACCUAGUGUCACUUUUGGUGAAACAUGGGGCAGACGUGAACAAAGUGACCUAUCAGGGCUAUUCCCCCUAUCAGCUCACAUGGGGAAGARACAACGCAAGCAUACAGGAACAGCUGAAGCAGCUGACCACAGCUGACCUGCAGAUGUUGCCAGAAAGUGAGGAUGAAGAGAGCAGUGAAUCGGAGCCUGAACUCACAGAGGAUGAACUUAUAUAUGAUGACUGCCUUAUUGGAGGACGACAGCUAGCUUUUUAAAGCAGAGUUUUCUGUGAAAAGAAGUGACUAUGCAUAUAGAAAAAGGACUGACUUUCUUCAUUUAAAAAGAAAGUCACAGUGUGGAGAGAAAAAAGAGAAAGGAAAUGCUACGCUGCCCAGCAAGGAGRAGGAGCGCAUAAUUGUAACAGGACAGUUCCAGAAUCUGCCUUGUGUUUAAAUACAGGAGUGGGAUGUGUAACAUCAGUACAAAUCUGUGAUUAUUCACACCACUUGAUAAAGAGCCACAUAGCCAAUCUUCUCAGCCCUGCGAAGGUAACAGACUGCACAUCCAACCUGCUCAUUACAGGGAGCUUUCUUGUGGCAUUAAGUACUAGAGGGAACAUGUCCUUCCGUGGCAAGGUGGACUCCUGCCAGCACCCCUUCUCAGAGACUCUGCGUGUUAAUUUGCGUUGGGCUGGUGGCAGUGCGGUCCUUACUAACUGACCUCAGCUGCUCUCCGUGGGGCGUCCCAGGUUGAGGAGUGAGACCAAGGGACUGGUGACCUCUUGGUUCUUAGGAGAAAGUAGCAAUAGUGUUAACUGUGGGCAUUGGAAAAGUGUGUUUCACACCAUGUGUGUCAUAAUUGCUACACUUUUUAGCAAUUGUAUAUUGUGUAAAUAMUGUACAUUCUUUGUUUUUAAUUAUUUUGUUACAUGUGAGCUAUGUAUUUAUUAAAAAAAGUCAAAUUGCCAUA